AUGCAAUUCAGCCCCGGGGCAUUCACCUUCGAGCCUCCCAAGAAGAGCCCGUUUUUGUCCGGGAAUAGGGCUCAGUCCACUAGACCCGACAUGUCGCGGAUCCUCGCGAGCAGAACCGUGCCAUCCAAACCAGGCCCGUCGUACCAGUCCCUCUUCCAAGCCAGCGCCGAGAUCCCGCGCUUCUUUGUCUCGUACCGCUGGUGGGAGGACGAAGCAACGACAAUCCUGUGGGCAUUUAAUGUACAAGAAAUCAGCCGUGUGAUUCGCUAUGGCUUAUUCCGCGACGAGAACUUCCCGCGCAGCUCGCUGCUAAGUCGCAAUGCAGACACCAUCGAUGCGUUCCUGGUUGCGUUAUCCGAUCCUCGCGAGCACCAGCUGCUUGCCACUCUCUCUCAUAUGCAGCGCGUCGAGGAGAUCCUGCGCCGGUCGAGCAUUCCCGCGUUUCAGCCUGUCCCUUGGUCAUGGCUCCCGCCGCCACCGACCCUGUCCCUCGAUGCGCGCGCGAUCGCGGCGGCCAUCGAAGCCGAGAGUCAUUUCCAUUUUACCCAGAUUGCCUUUGAGGAGAUUGUGCGCUGCUCGCUCGGGUACAAUGCGGCAUCGGUCGACUGGUUCCUGCAGCAGCAUACUGCGUUUCAUAUCCAUCUGGUAGAUCAUCUGCGCAUGUACCCAGAAGACAUCCCGCUCUAUGCAGAAGUAGAAAAGCAUCUACGACCCGCAAGCCCCUUCGCGCACCGAGCCGUGCUCCAGUGUCUGCGCGCCGUUCGGCCUAGCGGCAACCGCGACAUGCCCACGCCAGCGCCCGGCUUCGAGUUUAUCACCGGACCCAUUCAGCGCCUGUUCAAAGACCAGCCUCCGAGCCUGACCACGAUCCUGAAAAUGUUCAGCGUGCUCGGGGUACGAUUCCGACGACAGUACAUCCACACGCCGACGAUGGAUUGGAGAGUCAAGUUCAACACCGACAUCCCGUUUCUGGAAGAUUGCCUUACCUCGAUGUCGGCUAUGGACUUGGCCCGCACGCUGACGAGCACGGACGAGAUCGACUUCGCCAGCUUGUCGCGGCAGAACAUCCUCGCCGAGGAUGCAUUGGUCGUGCGAUUUCUGGCGGAUUGGCGAGCCCUGAGCGGGUCAGUGUGGGAGUGUUGCUCGGCACUACCUGAUCUCAUUCCAUAUCUCCAAGAGUGCGCCCAGAUUCUAUAUACCACGCGAAACUACCACUCCCUAACAGCCUUCCUGGACGGCCUCCACAAAUACAGCAUCUCGACCGUGCGCGCCCCCAAUAUGGGCCCGAGCCCAGGCAUCGGGGGCAACAGCAGCACCGGCACCAGCACCGUAAUCAUAGACCCUAUCAUCCCCGCCGAUCUUCUCUUCCUCAUAGACCCAGCCCAAAACCACACCGCCUACCGCCAGCACUACCGCCAACACCCCGGCAUCCCGUUUCUGAUUCCUCACAUCCGCGACUACAAGCAGCACGGCGAGCCCGCACUCCAGCCCCUGCUCCAGUACAUGCAAAGCAACCUGGCGUUCCGGCGAUGA